AUACUUAUAUUCAAAUAAAGUUAUAACAUAACGCAUCGAACUUUUCUUAUAUUAAGAAAAUUUAGUGAAGUGAUUUAACGGACAAAAUGAGUCUCCCAAGAGUUUUUGUGUCAAAUCAUACGGUUCCUGAAACAAUGUAUGAUGCCUUUGGAACAUCAGUUGAAGUUAUUAGAAAUACAGAAUACGAUAGAGCAUCCAUUUUGAAACUUCUUCCAAGAGUAAAGCCCCAUGGGCUGUUUUGGUGCGCAGGAGUUACUUUAGACAAAGAAAUUUUAGACGCUGCUGGUCCACAGCUGAAAGUGGUAGGUUGUAUGUCAUCAGGAUAUAAUCAUGUCGAUGUAGCAGAACUAAAAUCUAGAGGUAUUCCAGUUGCAUAUGUCCCUUCUACAGCCAAAGACUCUGUUUCAAAUGUAGCAAUACUGUUAGCUCUUGCAGCUUCUAGGCGCUUUACGGAAGGACGCUGGAAUAUUGAACAAGGUAGGUGGAAAAACCAUUUUGACGCACAAUGGUUACUGGGACAAGAAAUUUCUGAUUCAACAGUAGGUAUAGUAGGUUUUGGAGGAAUUGGACACGCGAUUGCAAAGAAACUGAAAGCAUUUGGGAUUGCCAAAUUAUUAUACACGGGGCACAAAGAAAAACCAGAAGCAAAAGAACUCGGAGCACAAUUUGUAGAUCAAGAAACAUUAACGAAAGAGAGUGAUUUUAUUUUUAUAUCUGCUCCACUAAACGAGAAAACGAGAAAAAUGUGUAACGCAGAUUUUUUCUCUAAAAUGAAAAAUACGGGAAUUCUUGUUAAUGUUAGCCGAGGAGGACUGGUAGACCACGAUGCCUUACUUAAAGCUUUAAAAGAUGGAGAAAUAUAUUCAGCUGGCUUAGAUGUUACGGACCCUGAACCAUUAAAUGUCGAUAGUGAAUUAUUAAAGUUACCCAAUAUUGUAAUAACACCACACAUCGGAGCCAGCACUUUUCGUGCUCGCAAUGCAAUGGGAAAUUUGGUAGCUAAAAAUAUUCUGUUGGGCCUAAAAGGAGAAAAGUUACUGACACCACUUGAUAUUUAAAAUAUGAUUUCUUCUAUGUUUUGAUAUUUUAGUUUCUUUAAUUUAUUGUACAGGGUGGGUCAAAUUCGACGCUUUUAAAUGGAAACACCCUUUUCUAUAGGAGAUA